AGAUACGCGCAUGCGCAGUACAAGUAUAAGGUUGGGCAGCAUGGCCGCACGUCUCGAUGCAGCGUUUUACUGCGUUCUUGUAACUUAAACAGAAUAGCAUCAGUUCGCACAACAGCCAUCAAUUUUCAUGUUAUUGUUACGCGCUGAUUUCCUAAAUUGUCAUGGGGAAAACGAAGACGAAGAACCAGAAGAAGGCGCGCGUGAACGCGGCGCACGUGGCGCAGGAGGACUACAGCACGGUGCCGCACUCCUUCGUGUUUCACCGAGGCCAGAUCGGCAAGAAUGUCGCGCAGCUUGUGCAGGACAUGCGCCGCGUGAUGGAGCCGUUUACAGCAGAGUCCCUCAAGGUGAGGAAGAAGAAUGUGCUGAAGGAUUUUGUGGCUGUGGCGGGGCCCCUGGGCAUCACACACUUCCUCGUCUUCACAAAGACGCCCAGCAGCAUCAACAUGCGCCUGGCUCGACUUCCCAAAGGUCCAAUGCUGCAUUUCAGAGUGGUGAAGUACUCCCUGGUCAAGGAUGUAGUCUCCUCCUUGAAGAAGCACAGGAUGCACCAGCACCAGUUCUCACACCACCCGUUGCUUGUGCUCAAUAACUUUGGCGUGGAGGGUCUGCAGGUCAAGCUGAUGGCCACCAUGUUCCAGAACAUGUUCCCCUCUAUCAAUGUGCACAAGGUGAACCUCAACUCCAUCAAAAGAUGUGUGCUGGUUAACUAUGACCCCCUGUCUCAAGAAGUAGAUUUCCGACAUUAUAGCGUGAAGGUGGUGCCCGUGGGCAUGAGCCGUGGGGUGAAGAAGCUGAUGCAGGAGCGCUUCCCCAACAUGAGCAAGCUGGAUGACAUCAGCGAGCUGCUUCUCAAAGGGGCCAACCUGUCGGAGAGCGAGGCGGAGCAGGACGGGGAGCACAACAUCACGGAGCUGCCGCAGGUCUACUCCGGGCGUGGCAACAUGAGGUCACAGCAGAGCGCCGUGCGGCUGACUGAGAUCGGGCCGAGGAUGACGCUGCGGUUGGUGAAGAUCGAGGAGGGCAUGGGGGAGGGCAGCAUCCUGUACCACGCCAUCAUCUCGAAGACGGAGGAGGAGCUGCAGGAGAUCCUGAUCAGGAAGGAGGCGGAGCUCAAACGCAAGGAGGAGCGCAAGAGGAAACAGGAGCAGAACGUCGCUCAGAAGAAGGAGAAACGAGAGGAGAACCGCAAGAAGAGUCUGGCGGGCAUAAAGAGGAAGCAGCAGGACCAAGCGGGGGAGACCGAUGACAGUGAAGUGGAGGAUCCUGGGAUGCAGGAGGGCCAGCCUGCGGCUGAGCACUCCGAGGAUGAGGCGGAUUAUUACAGACAGGCUGUGGGGGAGGAGCCAGAUGAAGACAUGUUCUCCACAUCCCAGAGGAAGAGGGGGCCAGGCAGGCCCCCCAGGCCCUUCAAGAAGAGGAAGCUGUCCUCCGGGAGGAGCCCAGCCCGGGACGGCACCUCCAAACCUGGCAAGGAAGGCAAGCGAGGCCCCAGGCCAGAGGGCCCCAGGCCAGGAGGCCCCAGGCCAGGAGGCCCCAGGCCACGGGGCCUCAGGCCAGGGGGCCCGGCCGAGGGCCGAGGGGGCGACGGGCCCCCCCACAGGAAAGGGGGCAAGAAGAUUUGGGGGAAGAAGGCGAGGGAGGGGGGGCCGAGGUGGAAGGGACAGAAGGGUAAACCCCGGCCCGGCGUGAGGAGAAAGGGCGCGGCGAAAGGGCGGCCAUGACAGACCGCGCCCGAGCGAGCGGCACGCUGACCCGGGCGACCGCGAAACGGUUCCCCCGCCCUGACCCUGACCGCAGCGGGACCGCCGGGGAGCCGCGGAUCACCACGGCAGCGUUUCGUUUUUCUGCAACAAAAAAAAAUGUAUUUUUCUGUAAAACUUGUAAAUAUAAAUGCUUUUUAAAAUAAA